AUUUUAAAGCGUGUACAGGGUCGUUUCAGGUGAGUGAGGACUGGUUGCUGACGGCAAGCGGUGAAGCGGAGCUUAUCACCCAGAACCAGGGGGAAAAGCCGCGGGAUUUCCUUCUUAGCUUCAAAGGAAAUGGAGUGCGCUUUGGUUGUCUCGUUAUCAAGUCCCUUCUUUCCUAGAACAGCCAAUAAUGAUUCAUGCGCUGAGCUUGGGAAUGCAAUUAUAUCUUCUUCUGGUUCUUCAUUAAAUUUCCGUUCUGUCCACGGAAGAAAGAAUCACCUAGCCUCCGCUGCAUUACCAGAAAAUUCCCCAUCAAUAAUUUUAGCAGCCAUGGCUGUGGGUGCAGCAGCAACACUUCUCGCAAGAAGAACAACUUCUCCAAUCAGCAAUGAUAUCACUACAAAACCUUGCGAGGAAUGUGCCGGUUCUGGUGUAUGUUCAGCUUGUAAUGGAGAGGGAUUUAUACUGAAGAAAUUAUCAACAGAAAGUGCGGAUAGGGCCAGAAUGGCUUCAAAAAACAUGGCUACUCGAUACACUGCAGGACUUCCAAAAAAAUGGAGCUAUUGCAACAAAUGUUCUUCAUCUCGGUAUUGUCGUGCUUGUGAUGGUACAGGGAGUGUGAACUCCUGAGCUUGCUCAGAUAAUCUGCUGGCAUCUAAACGUUGAAUCCAGAAGACACCGUGGCUCUUUCAUUCUCCAUUUUACUUGUAUUUGAGGGGAUUGCAGGUAUGUUUUCAAUGAUAGAAUGACGAUCAUUUAUAUUUUGGACGUUCUGUAGGUUUUUCAACCGUUACUAGCUAUCUCAAUUAACUCAACAGAAGUUUCGAAACCAAUUUAUUGAUUU